AUGAAUGAUACAAUAUGCUCUCUCAUCGCGGGCACGGUGGCUCAGCGUCUCCGGUCCUUUGAGAGCUUGCAUACCUCGGAACUUUCUCAUGGGCAUUCGGAACACAUAGAACAAAGCCUCAUCUCCGACAUUGCCUCCUUGAAAACCGUACUGGCUCACUUCAAACGGCACCUCAAUAUCGCUCGGUCGCCUAUAAUCCGUCUACCUCCAGAGAUCCUGCACCUCAUCAUCGCUGAUUCCAUUCAGCCAUUUGAGGAUGAGGAUGAAGCCGAAUACGAGACCCGUAGCUCACUACGAUGGAUGUAUCUUGGUCGCGUCUCCCAUCGCUUUCGCACCAUACUUCUUUCUUCACACACAUUCUGGGGAGAUUCUGUGGCUUACGCCCGAACCCCCUCCGCAUUCUCAUCAUUACUCGAACGGGCUCGGAACGCACCCGUCAAGCUCAACAUCGGCCACUGCAACUCAUUGUUAGCGACGAAUGAUCUCGCCUCGCAGUACCUGGAACGGGCUCGCGCCAUUCAUGCAACCGAUACAUAUGGGUAUUCAAUGCGCGCCAUCACGGACCACCUCUCUACUGGUAUCUUUCCGCAUCUGGAAAUACUCGAUAUCUCUGCGUAUCACAUGGAAAUGGAUCCGCAACCUGAAAGUGGGGCGUUUGCAUCCCAAGCGUCGGGGCCGCACGCAUACCAUCCAUCUGCUGUUCGCUUCCCAAAACUCCGCUCGCUCUCCCUUUUCUGCGUAUUCCUACCAUUUGAGGCAUCGUCGUUGACCUCAUUAUCACUCAAAGGACCAUUUUCUACCGGAAAUCCCGAUUUACUCACAGCCGGACAAUUUGUGGACAUCCUCCGUCGCUGCGUCAACCUCCAGGACCUAGUCCUUUCUUGCUAUAUGCCUGAACUCGGCUCGUCUGAUGGCUUCCGUCGCCCAAGCCGCAUUCAGUUGCCCGCACUCCGAUCUCUAUCCAUCGGCGACGCACGCGACCGCAUACUAUCUCUGUGGUCAAUCAUCGACGUGCCUACUUCUACCACACUCGAGCUUGACCUUUUGGUGCCCCCGAAUUCACCAGGGAAUCUCAUCAGUCACAUCGAAGGAUCCCUCACCUUUGCAUCACAUACAUCCCGCAUACUGUCGUCGAACCCGGCGCUCACUACAAGGCUCGAGAUACAAGGCUCCGACGCUAUAAGUGGACUGUCGUUCAAUUUGAUGGUACCUCAACAGGGUCCGCGCGAUCGCUUCUCCCAAUACCCCAAUUAUCCUCAAGAGGAGGCCUUUGCACAUAGAUCCAUCUUGGAUUUCACGGCAUAUCCGGACGACUGGGACGCAUCGGACAUACAGCAGAGUAUACCACGCUUCGUCGUUGCUUAUGGCCUUUCGCAAGUCAGGUCUUUGGAGACCUCGCAAGAUAUCCUGGAUGCACUAGAGGACGCACCUCGGACGCUUCUGACUCUGUUUCCUUCUCUCGAGGUGCUUGUUGUACUCGAGAUACAUCACGACUUCCUGCAAGAGGCAUCAGAAGGGACAGAAUUGCUCUCAUCGCAUCCGUCCGGGGUGCUACUUCAUCCAAAGGUGCAGUCUCUAGCUUUGUGGAGCACGUCGUCCUGUUUCAGCGCGGAGCAUAUCCGUCGGCUCGCUACCUUACUGGCGUCCCGUCUCGAGACGCACGUUCCGAUACACGCUCUAGAGCUGGCGUUAGAUGUGGAGCCUGGAUCGGAUGGCAAGUAUGAGCGAUUGCUGUGCCAGAAUAUGCUAGCACCACUUGUAAUACCCGGGCCGCUUAUCUUGAUGUUCGAUUAG